AUCAUUUCCACCACCACCAUCACCAGCCUCCGUCAGUCUCCCUCUCUCUCUCUCUCUCUCAGCUGAUCUUGUAAACAAAGUCAUGGCGUCUUCUGGCAUUCUGCGGUGCUUCUCUAAGGCGGGAUUUAGACCAAUACAGGCACUUAUUAAGCCGAAUGUCCCUGUGAGGCACCUCAACCUACUGGAGUACCAGAGCAAGGUGCUGCUAGACAACCACGGCGUCACGGUGCAGAGGUUCCGCAUCCUGGACUCCCACAAGGGUGCUGUGGAGGCGUCCCAGGAGCUGAAUGCAGAAGAGUAUGUAGUGAAGGCGCAGAUCCUGGCUGGCGGGCGAGGCAAGGGGCACUUCGACAACGGGUUCAAGGGCGGCGUGCACCUCACCAAGCAGUGUGAUGAGGUGGAGGCGCUGGUUGAGAAAAUGGUUGGUCACCGGCUGGUCACCAAACAGACGCCGCAGGAAGGCAUCCUGGUGAACAAGGUGAUGGUGGCCGAGUCAGUCGACAUCCUUCGGGAGACUUAUUUCUGCAUCCUUAUGGACAGGCAACACAAUGGGCCGGUGCUCAUUGCCAGCCCUGACGGAGGCAUGGACAUUGAGGAGGUGGCUGCCAAGACCCCAGAUCGCCUCCUCACACUCCCCAUUGACAUCUAUCAGGGCCUGACUGAUGAUGUGGCUGGACAGGUGGCAGAUUUCUUGAACUUUAAAGGAGAUCUGAGGACGAAGUGCAUGCAGGAGGUCAAGAAUAUCUGGAACAUGUUUUUGAACGUCGAUGCCACACAGAUAGAAAUCAACCCCCUCAUUGAGACACCGCAAGGACACGUGGUCGCUGUGGAUGCCAAGAUACAGUUUGAUGACAAUGCUGAGUUCAGGCAGAAGGAUAUAUUUGGCCUGGAGGACUUCAGCGAGAGUGACCCAAGGGAGGUGGACGCUGCCAGCCACAACUUGACGUACAUCGGCAUGGACGGAAAUAUUGGGUGUCUGGUGAAUGGCGCCGGCCUGGCCAUGGCCACCAUGGACAUCAUCAAAUUGCAUGGCGGAUCUCCAGCAAACUUCUUGGACCUUGGUGGAGGCGUUCAGGAGCACCAGGUGGAGCACGCACUCAGGAUUCUCACCUCAGACAAGACAGUGAAGGCAAUCUUCAUCAACAUCUUUGGUGGCAUUGUCAACACGGCCACCAUCGCCUCGGGUCUUGUCAAGGUGUACACAAACACAAAGAUUGAGGUUCCUCUCGUCGUGAGGCUGCAAGGAACCAAUGUUGAUGAAGCCAAACGUAUCCUUGCUGAGUCGGGCUGCCCAAUCCAGACAGCGAGUGACUUGGAAGAGGGAGCAAAGAAGGCAGUAGCAGCCAUCAGCUAAGACACAUUAUCUCCAGGUCUCCCUCACAAGGACAGCUGCCACACGUACAAACUUAAGGUGGCCAGAUAGUGUGAGUGUAUCAAGUGAAUAGUAUUAAUGAGAAUAUUUUUUGAUGUGUGAUUGUGAAAUUAUGCAAGAUCAUUUGUGAAAGAGGCAGGAUGUCAAAUGAGUAGUAAUGAAAAGGAUAUUUUUGACAUUUUAUAGGUAAGAUUAAUCAGUGAAGGAAGUGUAGAGUAAGAAAAAUUUUAGUGUAUAUAAUAUGAAAAUAGCCAAAAAACUUUAGAUUAUAUUGAGGCAGUCUGUAUAGUAAGUGGGAAAUUGGUGCCUUCUGCUGCUCAACACUGGUGCUUCCUUGCUCUCUGUUAGGGAAGAUUGGUGCCAGUGUGACUAGUGAUGCUGUGCUUAAUGUUAGGGAAGAGUGAGUGGCUGAGAAACACUGGGAUGCUGGGCUUAUUGUCAGGAUGAACAAAGGAUGCCUAGUUUAGAAGGUAAUGCUGCUUUGAGUGACUCCCGUAUUGUUUUGCUGCCUCGCCAGUUACAAUUUCCAGUACUUAUUACCUGUGUAUUUCACUACCUGAGUCUGGUUUUCAUUAAUGCAUGGCUAAGGGAAUUGUAACACUGGAUCUUUCUUUAUGGAAGGGAGUACAGUGAGGGAAGCUGCAAGGAGCCAUCAGGUCUACAUGUGGCAGUCCCUGCAUGAAACAUACGAGUACCUACCUGUUUCCACCUGUCAUCCUCAUCCUGAAAUUUCUCUAACCUUCUUUUAAAGUUCCAUAAUGACUCACUGCUGACAACCUGAUUACUGAGUCUAUUCCAUUCAUCUACCACUAUUUGAGACCCUGUUCCAACCUAUCUCUUUUUAAAAUCAAGCUUGAACCCAAUAUUUCUUGUCCUGUCCUGAUUACUAAAGACUGCACUUCCAUCCUGUUUGUGUUUCUGGUCCUGCACAGAAUCCCAGGUUGUCUUGGAGUGGCAGAGAGCAGGAGUUGUUAGGAAGAGUAAGGCUUGCUUGCUUUUCAUUAGCAGGGUGGUGCACACACACACACACACAUAUAGAGAGAGACCUAUGGAGAAGCCUUAGCUAUUAUUGAGGUUGCUGGGAAAGUAAAUUAUGAAAUAUGUAAAAUGUACCACAUCUUGUAAACCAGGUUGUCUUCAGGUAUAUAUUUGAUGCAAGGCACACGUUGUCAGUAUCAAGUUUUAUAUUUUAUGGUACCGCUGAGGAAAAGACUUAUUUUAUAACAGUUGUUCACCUGACCAAACUCUUGAUGAAUUGUUGGUGAGUGUUAGAAUGUUGAAACAAUUCUGGGAGUAGACUGUGUACAUGUGGGGUGUUGUUAUAUGACUGUGAAGAGCUUGCAUAAUGUAAAUAUUGUAUGUGGGGGAAAAUAUGAAGAGAACUGAGGUUGCAGUGUUCACACCAACCUCACUCUCUCCUCACCAUUUCUCCUGCAUGUUGUUCAGAUCUUUUAUGGUGAAAUGUUAAUGUUGUUCAGAUUUUAUACCCUUGCACAAACAGUUAACCCUUAUCCCUGUAUGAGUUGUGUUAAAGAUUAAGUUUUCCAUGCAACAAAGCCACAGAAAGAGAGAGAGAGAGAGAGAGAGAGAGAGAGAGAGAGAGAGAGAGAGAGAGAGAGAGAGAGAGAGAGAGAGAGAGAGAGAGAGAGAGAGAGAGAGAGUGAGUGAGUUUGAUGAAUCUAGACCCAUCUGGAAAUCUGAAAGCAUGUAAUGAUAAGAGUUAAUUUCAUGUGACAGGGAUUCAAAAAUUGCAGGUUUGUAAAAAAUGCCCACUUUAAUUAAAUCUGAAAACCUUUGAAUAAUAUGACAAUUCUUAUGUAACAGGGAUAAGAAGAAAAAAGUGUAAAUGCAUUAAAAAGUGAUAUCUGCUAAAUUAAAUCUGAAGAGCAGAAAAUAAUUUGGUGAUUCUUAUGUAACAAGGAUUCAGAAAUACAUAGGAGAGAGUGUCAUAACAACAUAAGAAAAUAAGGGGAGCUGCAAGAAGCCAUCAAGUUAACACGUAGCAGACCCUGGAUGAAACAUGCUUACCUAUUUCCACCUACAAUCCAAUUUGCCUAAUCCCCAAUGACCGAGCACUAACAGCCUGAUUACCGAGUCUAUUCCAUUCAUCUACCACUACUUGAGAAUCGUAAAUGAAACCUGAAAAAGUAAUGAAUAUGAUUCUUACCAUACACGGGACCCCAGGCACUGCAAAAGCAUUAGGUCCCUGUCAGUUUUGUAUAGGGUUGAUAAGAGAACCGGAAGACAAUGUUAUAAUUAUGUAAGGUUAAAUUAAAGCUUUGUUUGGCAGUGCAAGAAAUGGCAGCCUUCUUUUAUCUUAUUGGCAGUCAGGUGAGGUUAGGUUAUAUAGUGACUGUUUUCGUGUGCUGUUUUAAUUAAUCAGGAGUUUAUUCAUUCCAUUUUUGUAUUGGUGACAUACGUACCGCUAUUGUAUGUUUUGGGCUUUGUUAAACAUUGCAAGUUUGUCUAA